AUGACUCAGCUUAACGAUGGAGGAACCACAUCGUCAACCAAGCAGCAAACGAUGUGGAGUCAUUUCAUCACCAACCACCACCGAACACCGGCCAAUGAUUUGGAAUCCAAGAGGAAACAAUUGAAAAGGAAACAAAUCAAGGCAAAGUUGGAGAGAAAAUAUCGGGCAAACAGGAAAAGCGCUCUGAAGGAGAUCUUAGCCAAGGAUCCCGAAUUGGCCUCAUCUCUCAAAAUCCGUCAACAACCUGGUAAACCUCGAAUAGAGCUCGACCAACCGAAACUCUUGUCUACCAUCGUCCAAAUCGCCAUAGCUGGUGGAGCAGCUGAUGAACGACGGCGCUCUGAAAAAAUCCGCACUUGUAAGACGCUCGAUGAGCUACACGAUGAACUGGAUAUACAGGGUUUUAAACUAUCCAGAAGCGCCACAUAUCUUCGCUUGUUACCACACGAUGCUCGCAAUUCCGAGGGGAAACGACAUGUGAAAACGGUACCGGUGAGAUUGUGCAAGCCAGAAAAUUCACAGCAUAAAAUUCACGAAGACGGAAAGUUCUGCACUGCAACCAUCAGAUCCGUAGAAACACUGGCAUCAAUUUUGGGAAAUACUCAGGUUGCUAUUGUAUCUCAGGACGAUAAGGCACGAGUUCCUAUCGGGAUAACCGCUGUCAACAAACAGGCUCCGUUUCUGAUGAGCGUUGAGUACAAAAUUACCUUGCCAGACCACGACUGGGUUGUCGCUGCAAGGCAUAAGCUGAUACCGAGUGUUUAUGCUGGAAUUAUGAUUGCAAAUGACAAGAUUGAUGGAAAUCCUGCGUCCGUGUCAUACUCCGGGCCAACGUUCGUUGCAAUCCGGUCGGGAAAGCAUUCGACAUCAAACGCUUCAACACACGCACAUGAUUUCGAUAUACUGCUUGAUACGCCUGAAUUUGAUGUGAUUUUAAAAAAUAACGGUGAUGUCAAACCUGUUAUUAUUUUAUCAGUCGAUGGCGGGCCAGACGAAAAUCCCCGUUACCCAAAAGUAAUAAACCACGCAAUCCAGCAUUUCCAGCGGUACAUUUUUACAAAUGCACCUGGUCGAAGCGCUUAUAACCGCGUAGAAAGGAGAAUGGCCCCACUGAGCCGCGAGCUCUCAGGGGUGGUUCUGCCUUUCAGAAGCCAUCUUGAUGCACAUGGUAGAACAAUCGACGAGGAUUUGGAGAUCGAAAACUUCAAAUUUGCAGGAUUGGCCGAAAUAUGGAGUGAAUUGACAAUCGACAAUUAUCCUGUGAUUGCUGAAUAUUUCGGAACAGGAUCCGAAAAAUCGGUUGAAGCACCAUCUUUAGAAUGGUACGCCUCACAUGUGAGAGAAAGCCAAUACUUUCUCCAGGUAAGCGAGCAUUAA